UCGUAUUGUUAAAAAUGGCCGGCGAAAGUAAAGGUGAUAAUGUUGUGACUAUAGAUGUCAACGAAUUACCCCUAGCACGAUUGACGCAAAUCAAACAAGAUUUAGAUAGUCAAGUUGAAAUUUUUGGCUCAUCUCUGCAACAACUGAAAAUAGCUCAGAAAAAAUAUGGAGAUUCAAAAGAGGCUGUUGAAAAAAUGCAGGAGAUGAAAGAAGGAAUGCCUUUGUUAGUUCCUUUAACAGAUUCUAUGUAUGUGCCUGGCCAACUUGAUGACACAAAAAAGGUUUUAAUUGAUGUUGGAACUGGAUAUUAUGUUGAAAAGGAGCUUCCCGAUGCAAUUGAUUAUUUCAAGAGAAAAGUAAAGUUUGUCACCACUCAAAUAGAAAAAGUACAACAAAUCAUGAAAGAAAAACUUAUUGCAAGAGAAGUGGUUAUUGAAACCAUGGAAAGUAAAAUACAGGCUACACUAGCUGCUCAGCAAGCUGCAGCAACAUCUGCCAAAUCCUGAGAUUUAUUAAUUUUUAAAAGGAGUUGAAAAGAACAAUGAAAUAACUUUUCAUUUAUCCACUUGUUCUAAGUUCUUGUUUGGUAUUUGCUGAAUGUAAUAACAUUUGUACAAAAUCAUUUGCUUGUAUAUCUCUGUACACUUAAUAAAUUUGUUAAAGCUUU